AUGAGUGACCCUAAGAAGAAGGCCGCUGCCGAAUUGGCCGCCAAAAAUCUUCAACAACUUCAAAAAAUCGACAUUGCUGCAAGCAAAAUUCUCGAUAAGAUGCCAUUCACUGCGAUAUAUCGUAUCGAUCCGGUGAAGAAGGAGUGGCGGAAUGCCGAUUGCGAAGGAACUCUCUUCGUCUAUCAGCGUGCUGAUCGGCCAUAUUUCAGUUUCCUCAUUGCCAAUCGCAACGACCCAACCGAUUUCAUCGAGCCGUUGACUCUAAACCAUAUUCUCCGUCUUGAAGGGAAUUUCAUCUAUUUCCAAAAGGACAAAUCAUCAAUCCAAGCGCUGUGGUUCCACGAGGCGACCGACACCCAACGCAUCUAUAAUUUGUUGCAAAAACUAGUGGAUAAGCUGAAAGCGAGCACCACAGAGCAGGCGAGAGCCGCUAGUGCUGCGGGCGGAGCAGCGACUAAGGCUUCAGCUCCAGUGCCAACUAGUGCACCGGCUCCUUCAAAGACAAUCGAUCUGCUUCAAAUGAUCAAAAGUGCGCAGAGCCAGAGCAACAGCGUCAACGUCACGCCAGCCAUCACCACUCCGGUGACCACACCGGCUCCAGCGCCAGAGCAAAUGCCUGCGUUGCUUCAAAAGUUGAUGUUCAAGGAGCCUGGCACUGCAAUGUCGGCCGAUGAGCUCGAAAAAGAUCUUCUGAAAACGGCGAAACCGCAUCGAAAUCAUCUGCUUCAAGACUUUGCAAACUCGCCUUCUGCAAUUUCGUUGGCGGCGAUCUCGACGAGAUCAGUGCAUGGAUCGGAAGGAGAUCAGGAUGUUGACGUGGCUGAGGGAGAGGUUCUGGAACCACUGGACACUUCGUUCGUUGUGGGAUCCGGGGGUCAGACACCCGUGCUGAAUAAGGAACAGUUCAUCUCCGCGAUCGCCCAUCUAAUGCAAAACGACGACGAAUUCGUUGCCCAAAUCCAUCAAGCCUACAUCGGCGCUCUCAACCGUCGUCUCAAUAUCGAUUAA